CUCCAAUUCGAAACACGGGCUUAGUAGGCCAGUACUGUCACUCGAACAGGAGAAAUUACAGGAAACAAAGCAGAAGACCACACGCCAUGAAAUCGCAGAGCAGCACGAAACCAAGCGGGAAACCGCGAGGAAAGGGCAAGAUCUCACUCGAUGAGUACAUCAACCUCGUCGAAGCUCACAACAUCAACCACUUCUCCAUCUAUUAUCUCAAUCAGAUCAUCGACAUCCAUGGAUUUAAGAAACUCCGCAAUCGUUUGAGGAAAGUCGUAGUUGAUGCUGUGGACGCGCUGGAUCUAAUUGAUCCGUCUCGCUCGACGCUGGACCAAAACAUCUCGUCCCGUGCCUUCAUCAGCCUCGAGGAGGUGAUCAAGGACAUCGCAGAGCUCAAUCCGGGGGAAUGCCCGGUAACAUCGAUGCAAACCCUAAGUUCAUGGAAUGACAGCUUCCCAAGUCAGAAGCCGACUGUCCAAAGCGCCAAUCGCUCGAACUCAAAAUCGGAUGCAGAAGCUUCAACGUUGACUGCUUUUCAUGGCACUCCUCAUGGUUUUGGUGGAGCUGCUUCUUCGUCUUGUGCUUUGGCGGAUGGAGAGAGCGCGAUAAACUCGAUGAAUAUGAAAAAGAAAAAGCUGAAGAGUUCGCAGGGCAUUUGAAGAGAUUGAAUGUAUGUUCUUUUAUCCGUUUCCUUUGAAGAACUUGAAGUGCCUUCUGUGAGUUCAUUAUUCUUGGCGGGAAAUCGGGGACUGGCAGCAAUUCGAUGGUUGAAGUUGUAGUUUGAACCAAGAACAAGGGUAUUUCUGUCCAAUAAAGUGCUUGAGAUGCAUGCUCUUUCUUUAGGCCAAA